GUGUGCGAAUGUGUAAAAAGUAUGCUUUAAUGGAAUAACAACAAACGGGAUUGCCGUCCGAUAAACAGUUCUGUUCGUGCUGUUUCUGCGGUGCCGAGCCAACGCUUUGUAGUUCUCCUCGGUGAAGCGGCGACCAGUUAAGUGAAAAAGGAAAGUAUAUGGAGGAGUAAAUGGUGUCGCGCGAAAAGUGCCCCUGAACAGCGCAAAAUGAAGUGUCCCGCAAGCUGCGCCGGGAGGGCACGCGAGUACAAUUUCGACCGCGAUCGUACGGGGAAUCACGCCAGAUGGAAGCUUUAAGGCGCUACGCGCAGUUAGCGGAAUUGCUGAAAGAACGUCAAUUUCUUCUGCCGCGGACCCGGUACACUUCCGGAGAAUGGACGAGGUUGGAUUCCGGAAACGACAGGUGUGGGAGGAACACCGGGAUCGCCAGGAUGCAGGAGCGACAAGAUUCCAGGUGCACAGGAUAGAAUGAAUCAUCGGGAGGACUCGCAGUUGCAGCAUAGCCACCGUUUGCUGCAAUUGGCGUCGAACAUCAAACCUGGCCGUGGCAGCGGGAAGAGACGUGGACAGAGGCAUGGUUUCGGGUCCAGCAACGGUGGACCGAGCCGCGUGACGCUCCAGGAUAUCGUCAGGAACGAUCCCGGAUAUACGCCGAACAUCGAGCACUUGGUGUUCCCGGAGCGCAAGAGCAGCAAUCCGAAUUUGACGGGCGUCGAUGGCUCGCCGCCAAAUAAAUCCAAGUCAAAUGCGACGCGAUCCAGGCUCGCCGAGGUCUUCGCUCGGCAUUACGCGAGAGGAUCCUCGCAGGACUCGUCGGUUACGUCCCGAAAGAAUCACGUGAAUAGCACGUCGCUGGAUAGUGGGAGCGCGAUAGGUCAUCAGCCGGGGUCCGGCGGGCCCACGGUGGUGACGCGGAAUGCCGGGCGCCGCUGGCUCUCGCAGAACUCGCAAUCCUCCAGACAGCACUCGGCCGAGGAUGGGGUACGUGGGGGCAACGUGGGCGUCGGAGGGCCCGUUUCGACCUUGUCCUCGAGCCAGGCCCCCGGCCAGGCCGCGCCUCCCGCCCUGCCGCCGCGCAGAGUCAGUCCGGCCGCGGAUACCAGCGAGAUCACCAACGCGGGUCCUAUCCCGCGUGUCGACAGGGGCCCAAACGUGUCGAUUCUCCAUCUCCGAAACGCGUCGGCGGACCCUUGGGAGGUCGGCUCUCAAGGCUCCUCGUACAGCGUCGGCAGCAACAAGAGUCAGACAGCGAGCGGCAGAGGGAAAUCCAGCGGGAACGCGCGUGGAUCCUACAGCCGCGGUAGCUCGAUACCAUCCCUGAAACGUCACGACACGUCCACGUCGGCCACGCCGACGUCGAGUCUCAAGCAGCAUCGCCAAGACGGCCACGGUCAGGUCUCCAGUUCCCGUCGGCGCGAUGCCGUAAACUCCUUCCUCUCAGGCAACAGCGGCACUUCCGGCGAGCUGUUUAUCAGCGGCAACUGCAGCCGCGAACUCUCGCCCGUGCGAUGGUGCGAUCGCGAGGUCGACGGCGUCUACCUGGGCCGCUCCGGCUGGGUGCAAGUGCAGCAGCGGUCCCUCGACGAGAAUCGCCGCGCCAACUACGAGAGCAACCUGGUGACCGCGACUACCGGCACUCUGCCGUUGUCGCGACGGGCGGCGGUCAAGUUGGCGGACUACCACUGCAACAGCGAGCCGAGCAAGUGUCCGCAGGACUUCACCAGGGGAAUGGACUCGCAGCGACCCGACUUCCUCGCGCUGCACAGCCAGGACUACGACCCCAUCACUACCAGCGCCUGCACGUCGCCGCACAGCAUCCCGGAGUCCUUUUCCCCGCCGUCGAUCACGCCGAUUAUAUCACCGCCGCCGGCGUUCCAGGACGCCGUCGCCGGCAAGAAAUCUUCCUCCUCCAGGCAUUCGUCUUCCUCCGCCGUGCGCAGCAACUACGGCAGCAAGGCUCCUUUCCUACCGCGAUCGAACGCCAUUGUCGAUAGCGACAUCAUCAGUCCGCCACCGUCGCCGCCGCCUCACCAGGUCAACUGGAGCUCUCUGCCGUCCAGGAAGAAUUCCGGCUUGGCGUCCUCCAGAUCAAAAAGACAGAACACCAGUCAGCAGCAGCAGCAGCAACAGCAGCAGCAAUACCGCAUGGCGCAGGCCAAGUCCCUGGAAGAUCAGUCAUCCUCCAGAAGGUCGCAAUUUGCGCAGAGGUACAUCGAAUCGUCCAGCUCGUCGUCGUCAUCGAUGGGAUUCAGAAGCCUUGACAGUUGUGUCACAAAACCCAUUAUGCCUAGUCUAGCGGAGAACACGGAUUCUUCGGUAGAGGGAUAUGAAGAUGGCGACGAGGAUGAUAACCCUAGUUCAUCCUUAAAUCUCAGUCUGGUGUCGACGUCGGCUCUUGCGUUGAAUUCGUCCACGGAAUCGAUUCGCGCCAACGGCGAACGAAUAUCCCCCAACAGGCAAGGGAGAAUCCACAGAAACCAACAGGGGCUCCGCAGAUCGCCCGGAUCCUCGGAGUCGGGCAAACAGAUGUUCAACUCGCCCUCCUCGUCGUCCUCCUCGUCCAGCAACGAGGGACGACAGGGGCGGUCACCCACGCCUAAUCUAUUCAGACGCGGCAAUCCCGCGCGACAGCACCAGAGCGCUAGGGCCAAUCAGGUGUCGCCCGAGUCUCAUCAGUCCAGAGUUAGAAGAUCCAGAAGUCUCCAAUUGCCGGAGAAAAGGUCGCCGGGAACGACGGGUCCGCAAAGAGAUCAUUCCCGAGAGCAGAAUGAGGCGCACCGCGUCGUAGUGAAGAUUGUGAAUGACCGGGGAAGCGACAGGUCCAAGCGCCAUGUUCUUCAGAACAGGAAAGCUCAGUCCACCGACGACACCAUAAACGAGAAUCUCUUCCGCGAACCGGAGAUGGUGACCGAAUAUCUGUAUGGCACGCGUAGUCGCGUCGUGCCGAGAAACAUGCUGUCCAGCCGCUAUGAGCGUCGCGACGAGAGCAGAGACCAGGAGCAGAGACGGGGCAACUCCAACACGUAUGACGUCUACAUCAUAUCCUCCAAGCAGCAGCAGCAAUCGUCGAAAGCGUCGAAUUCCUCGCAGUCCCAGCAGCAGCAGCAGCAGCAGCAGCAGCAGCAGCAGCAACAGUCGCAGCAGCAGCAACAGCAGCAGCAGCAGCAGCAAUCAAGGCGACCGCGGACGCUGCAGAGAGGUGCUACAACGCCAAACGCGAGCGCGCCAUCCACCAAUCAAGACUUUUGCAUCAGUCCGGACACAAAACUGCGCUGCAACAGCAGCACGUGCGACUUCUGGCCGCACUGCUCGCAAAGGGAAACCCUGUACUCGCCGAAUCAGGCGGCACCGCCGGUUUUCAUGAAGCUGUCGCAGAGCUAUCCGGCACAUCAGCGACUCUCUACCGACGCUGGUAGCCACCGCGGAAGUGCCAGUUCCUCGCCGGCCUCCCUCGAGCGGAUGGACGAUCGGGAGCUCCGCGAGAGAGACAACAGAGAGAGGAAGAGCAGGAGCAGCCAGCAGGGCAAGAAUCAGGAGAGACCCAAGAGCGUGCUCAAACAGGCCAACAGAUGGUCGCCGUUGGAGGGAAGCAACGGGAACGGCUCCGGGACGGAGAAGAGGGAGCAGCUGCACCACCGAGUGUACCGGAAGCCCGAUUUGCCGGGCACCUACGAGGGCGCCGACAGCAAGGACAGGAGGGUGUCGCCCAUCCAAGGGAAGAACGUCGCCAAUAGAUCGCCGAGCGGCGGCCCGAUCAUCUCCUCGUCGACGACCACCUCGUCGUCCUCGAGCAGCGAUAUCUGGAUCACCACGUCGGAUCGCACGGUGACGAAGAGCCCGCGUAACGCGAAGAGCUCCGGUGCGUCCACGCCGCUGGAGGACGCCGUGAUCGGCUCGCUCAAGACGCUGAUAGAACCGGCGAAGGACGGCACGCUGUCCCGGCCCGGUAGCGCACCCACCCGAGGCGAGGACUCGCACACGGGCGACAUCGUCCUGGACCCUCAUCAGCGAUCCUUGUCGCUGCCCAAGUCCUUCCUGGCGCACAACACGGCGGACGGAUCGACAUCCUGGCAGCGGGGACACGAAUCCCAGCGAUCCAGCCCUAGUCCCAGCAGGCUACGUCGCGCGCAGGAUGCGGCCGCGUCUCACACAGCCCCCGUUUCGCCUUUGCACGACUACAGAACGAGUGGCCACGCCGGGAAGGAGAGACGACGAAUUCCCGGUCUCAGCAAAGCUCAGCGGCGGAUCAAAGCGUCCAGCACCCCGGCGCUUUUAGAUAGAAACCACGACAGUCGACAAUGGUCCGGCGACGAGGAGGACGAGGGGACGAGAACGGGCCACGUGACAACCGAGCACCCCUUGGCCGAGGCCACGAUCCCUCUGGUCAGUCAUUCCAGGCUGCAGGAGCCGCCGUCCGUCCUGAAUGUCGCCAAUGUGCCCACCGGCGGAAGUCAGAAUGCUGCGCAUCGCGCGCAGAGCCAGCAAGAGAGCGUGUUGCAGAAAUUCCGUAAGAGCUUCUCGCUGAGGUUCCACAAGAAGGGCAGUAAGGAGAGCAACGAGGAAUGCCCCGCGGAGGACAACGACGGCACCGGGCCGCUGGACGAGGAGGAGAGCACGGAGACGCCCUCCGUAACCACGUCCGACCAGAGCAGCCAGCACAAAGACGAUUCUAGCAAUGACCAGAAAUUCCGAUUCGGCCCGCUCGUCUGGAGGAGCAGCAAGGAGAGGAAAAAGGGCAACAAAGCCGCCCGAAACGCCAAGUGCAACAGCGGAGACAGCGGUAUACAAAUCGAGAUGGUAUCUGGUGGAGCGUUGACUGGGGGCAGCGGCGGCGGAGUGAUGGGCGGCGGUGACAGUUCCGAGUCCCACGAUACGGAUGACAUUCCCGACGACACCGACAGCCCUCCGGCUCUUCGCAGACGAGUUGCCGAUAAAUUGCGGCCCCAGUCCGAGCUCAUCAACCAGAUACUGAUUGACAAGUUCAAGACGGAUUUACAGACCCGUGCGUCGCGACAUAAUCACGUGCGUCGCACGAACAGCGACCUAGGGGGGCAGAGGUUGCUCCAAUGGGACACGAGGUCCGGAUACGUUCACAAUUAUCGCAGGAUGCUGUCGACCCCGUCGCCGAUCAAGACGAGACCGCCCAGGCUCAGCCCGAGGCACUCCUCCCAUGAUAUCGUUACGCUCAGAAGUAACGCGAAAGGGAGGAGUUCUCGGACAAAUUUGAGGCGGUCGCUUAGCCAGCCACUGGGAAUCAAUCAGCUCUCGCCGCUGAUGCGCGCCAAAACCGCAGUAGGCGCAAGAUUGCCCGGUGGCAAUGUGCUAUCAGAGGACGAGCAGGAUGGAAGAGCCGGAACAUCGGAGGACGACGAGAUGAUGUCCGAUUCCGAGUCAUCGAUCGCUUCUCUGACGGAUAAGAAGAAGUCAUUCGAGCAGACGAUGGAUGAGGAAAUCGUCAUGUUGGCUGAGGCUGUUUGGGACCAUGUGGCAAUGGAGCCAGAGGAGUUAGCUUUUCGCGCCGGGGAUGUUAUCGACGUCCUCGAUACACUGGACAGGGAUUGGUGGUGGGGCAGCUGCAGAGGAGAGCACGGAUGGUUUCCGGCCGCUUUUGUCAGAUUACGCGUGAGCCAAGAGGAUACGGUGGAGGAUUGCCUGGCCGCAAUGGCCUCGGGAGGAUCCUCCGGUGCUCAACUCAGGAGGCGGACAAGCAUCUCCCUGCUCUCGAACGAGCAAGUGAGGGCCAGCGUGGUGCGCGAGCUCGUCCACACCGAGCGCGACUUCGUUAAGGUCCUGCGCGACGUGGCCGAGGGUUACAUCAAGGAAUGCCGCAGGCGCACGGACAUGUUUACCGAGGAGCAGAUCGAGACGAUUUUCAUCAACCUCGAGGAGCUCCUAGAUUUUCAGUCCGAGUUCCUCAAGGAUCUCGAGGACCGCGUCAACUGGGACGCGCCAUACAUGAGCUGCGUCGGCGAGAUCUUCCUCAAUCAUAGGGCGGGUUUUCGCAUGUAUUCCGAGUACUGCAACAGCCACCCAAUGGCCACGGCGACGCUGCAGGAGCUCUAUCAGCACAAUCGUUAUAGCAAAUUUUUCGAAGCCUGUCGACUGAUGAGGGGUCUCAUAGAGAUCCCCUUGGACGGAUAUUUAUUGACGCCUAUCCAACGAAUAUGCAAAUACCCCCUUCAACUGGCGGAGCUACUGAAAUAUACGAAGACCGAUCAUCCGGAUUAUCACAAGAUCCAAGAGGCCUUGGAAGCGAUGAGGGACGUCGCGGUAUUGAUCAACGAGAGAAAAAGGCGGAUGGAAAGUUUGGAGAAGCUGGCCGCGUGGCAAAUGCGCGUAGAAGGUUGGGAGGGUGAGGAUCUCAUAGAAGUUUCGUCGCAACUUAUUUAUCAAGGUGAUGCGAUGAGAGUGAAGACCGGCAUGUGGACGAAUAACAUCACGUUAUUCCUCUUUGAUCAUCAACUGGUCUACUGCAAGAAGGACAUUCUCAAGCGCAACACAUACGUCUACAAAGGUCGCAUCUAUCUCGACACCAGCGAGGUCAUUGAUGUGCCCGAUGGAAAAGACCUUCAAUCGGGGGUGACAGUGAGGCAUUGCCUGAAGGUGUACAGCUGCGUCCGGGACAAAUGGCUGCUGUUCUGUUGCCGCACAGCGGAGGAGAAACGACGAUGGCUAGCGGCGAUGGCCGAGGAACGAAGACAGGUGGCUCAAGACAGAAACGACGGGUUGGAGUUUCCAGCGGCAGCUAGGCAGCUCGCCAGGCUCGCCGCCAACAGGCAGCAGAUCAGACCACCGAUCAAACCUCGCAACAAAACCUACAAGAGGGAAUCUGCUUACGAGAUGCCCACGACAAUGAUCGGCCAAGGCACCACGAAUUCGCUGGGACGUAAGGUGGGGACCUGGUUCAUGUUUGGUAGCAGCAAGAAAAGCGCGCGGCUUCAACCGUCCUGAGACAGGCCUACCUUCGUACCGUAUAUUGACCUGUAAAGCUGCGGCUAACGACGCUGCAUCGUCCUGUCGAUAUCCUGGCGCGAGACACCAGGAUAUCGAUUGCUUCGAAACCUGGAAAUCUUUGCGAGCAGACGUGUGAAGAUAUAUUUGUUAACCGAUAUUCCAAUCGUGGUAAAAUGGCACUGUUCAUCUUGCAACCGGUUGAAACGUGGAAAUUAUCUUCUGUGCAUCGACAAACGAGCCACUGCGAUCGCUAGGAUUUCGUAGGCACCGAGGAUGAACAGCGCCUCGUCAUGUGUACGGCACGAAGGUGUUUAGAUAAUUCAUAAGUGAAUUUUGUCCGACGACGUAUACCUCUUCUUCUAAGGCAGGGAAAGUAAUCGCAAUCGAUUUCAUCAUCCCAUCUCGAUCAUCGUCCAUGAAGAGCGAUCCGCAAAAUAGAGGAAACUUCCAAUGAUCUUUCAUUCACUGCCUCUCUCACGAAAACAGACGCUUCUCUCUAUCAAUCAGAUGUCAUCGUCCAGUUUAGAUACUUGUAGACAAAAGUCGCUCAUUAUGCCUAACUAGAAUUUUGAGUCUUCGAAUCAGUGCUCGCCUAACUCUUAGAACUUAAAGCAAUGUUCGAUCAUCUUCGACGUGACGUUACGACGGCGCCCAGUCUGAAGAGCACCGUCCGUAGAGAAAACGUCUCGGAGAAGAAAAAUAUUUGUUACGAGCUGAGAGAGGUGUAUAAUCGAUCUUGUAGAUAUUUGGCGUUAAAAAUUACCGUUAAUAAUAGCGAACACGGGAGUACAUUAGGGAAGUAGAGACAUAGAGAAGUAGAUAGUAAAUGUAUAAAGUCAAUAGUGGGCUUCUGAAGUACUAAAGAGAAAGUACUAGUCAUUCUUCAUCGCGAAUUCUUGAUGAAUGCCGAUGAAACAUCAUAUAUAUAUAUAUGAUGUAUUGUUACACGCGCAAUCGCUUUUUUGGGUCGAGAAGCUGGCAUGGUACGUCGCACGGCUGUAUUUUUUAUGAUAAUCGAAAGACUGACCGACCGAGAUGCUUCCUCGGGAGGGAACCUUGAGGUUGUAAUUUUGAGAGAGAAAUGCGACGGGAUCGAUUAGGAAGUAUCUGAAUUGAAUUCGUUAAACAAACUUCGCCUUUCGUCUAGAUUACUUGAUCGUUGUUUCGACAACUUACUUUUGCCGACCAAUUUUGUGUGCGUUACAACGAGAACUAAUAGCAACAAUAUACAGUUCCACGCGAGCGUUAACAGAAGUUCGAUCACCAAAUCUAUGUUGAUUGGUUUCGCGAGGAAAUUCCAAUCGGUCGAUUCCGCACACCACUUUACUCUCAACGAAACAUGUAGACGUAUUUCGUAGAGAAAAUCUCCGGCGAGCUAUGCAAGGUAACUCUAACUGCCUAACUAAUGUUCGUUAUUUCGCAUCGUAAUCGUAAUAUUUGUAGUAGUUUGUACCGAGUUGCGAACGACGGGAGGACAAGAGGACGAGAGGAUGAAACGCGGGGGCGAAGGAGAGGAAAUUUUAUGUUUACGCGAAACAACGCAGUAUUACCCAUACGAAGAAAAGUGAUUAAACAGGAUAUGUAAAUACUCGCAUAUCACGCCUCCUUAUCCGACUGCGAUACGAAGCGCCCAAGCUUUCAAAAAGGGGGGAAAAAGACGAAAAAGAAGGAAGGAAGAAAGAGGAAAGGGGAGAAGAUCGCGAGAAUCUCUCUCAAGUUUUUCUACUCUUGUACAGACAGAUGUAUGAAGACUUAGCAACGAGAAAAUAAUAUUUGUCAGCCAGCAGAAGAACCUCUGUGUUAUUAAUAAUAUGUGCAUAUUAUCUAUGCGGUCCCUUAACAAAAUGUUCGAUCUUGCAGUUUUAACGACUUAAUCACGGAUUCUGAAAGUUUUCAACACUGCCAAUAAGUUUAAAGAAAUACGUCUUUGUGUUCGUUAGAAUUGUUUGUUCGGUCUUUUAUAGAAAAAGAGACCGGUGUAAUUUCAAUUUUUUUCUCUCUCUCUCUCUCUCUCUACACACAUAUACGAGGGACAAACGCGACUAUUCUUUUUGAUAUUUAUGGUCUAAAGGGGUGUAGCACAAGCAUGAGCGGGGCGACAUUUGCGUUUUGUAUAACAUAGAAAGGUAUAUUUUUACUUAUUUCCCAACAGCGUAAUUUACUAUACGACGAGGACAAUAUAAUGAUAAAAGAAUGGAUCAAGAUUCCUACUGUACAGAGAGAUCAUUAGCCUGUUGAUGUUUAGACUUAGGAGAGGCGCAAUUUGUUGCUGGACCCAACUCAUUUCAGAGUUAUUUUUAUAGGAGAAAUGACUCAUUGGUUGGAAUGUGAUUUUUUUUACAAGUAUCGCUAUUAUACGUGGACUGCUUUAAUGGCCAAUGUAAGUAUAGGGACGGGGCGUAACUUGUUAAGGAUAAGAAGCAGGGGGGGGAUCCCGAGCAACACGAGAUCUAAAGGACAUUCCCUCGGAGGAACGUCUACUGGACAGUUUCACUAGAUAUUCUUUUGACGACAUUCGUGUGGCCUACGGGACACGAUAUUGUGUAAUGCAUAAGUAAGCACAACUUUUCACGAACAUUUCAUGAAACUGCACUUGCACUCUCACGACGGAGAAGUAAUCGAAAAUCCGUGAAAAUUCGUACUCAUGAGCUCUCUCGCUCUCUCUUUCUCUCUCUCUCAUGUAUUAGCAGGUGAAUUACAUAUCUAACGCAAUCUCGACACUGAUUACUUUAUACCUCGGAGAAUACUACCCUCCCCUCCCCCCCUUUUUUUCAGAAAUCGUGUUUUCUCCCGGAAAACAUACAAGCAAAAUCUGCACAAAACUCUUGAGGAAAUGCGCUUGGAAGCAAUAAGUAUUAAAUUAAGCGUUAUUGUUAUGAUAAUUUAGGCUGUUACGUACGUAUAACGCAUUUGAAAGCGCGAUUAUAUUUUCCCUGAGGAUUUGAUAUCGAUAAUCGAGUGUAUGCGUACACUCCGACGACGGAGUAAGCAGAGCUACCUUUUCUUUUCUUCCGUAGCGAGAUCGCGCUACGCCGACGACGCAAGAUGGAAAAGGACGGAUAACGCAUGAUAUCGCUGUGUUUUCUGUAUAUAUAGACGUAUUUUGUAAGUGUAAAUACCGUAGAGCUACUCUCACGUUAGAGAUGAUAACUUCAGCCCGUUUUGUAGCGACUAAGUGAAACCUAUACUGUUAAGCAAUAUAUCUGACGUUCGUAUAGUUGGUUACUGAUUAAACGGUGAUAUCAUUUUGUAUAUUUGUAUAUCUCUUUAAUUUAAUCAUCUUGACGAUGAUCCGUCAUUGCGAGAUCGAUUGUUCGUGUUAUAAUUAUUGUUUGCGAUAUGUAACAAUAGCACGUUACAAUAUGAUUGUCAGUUUUUCAAAUAUGAACAUACACAUAUAUAUACAUACAUAUACAGGAUAGUGCGCAAAGCUCGAUAGAGCUCCCUUUCGCCAACAGAUUCUGUAGAACAUUUCAAGACGAAAAUCCUCGUGUAAAAAUACCGAGGCUAUUGCGGCUUUUAAGGACGUACAUCGCUAAAUCGAUUUUCUAUGUAUUCGGGUUUCAAAUUUGGACCACAAGCCAUUAUUAUUAUAUCAAUAGUGUUAUAUAUAUAUAUAUAACACUAUUAUAUAUAAUAUAUUAGAUUAUAUAUAACAUUAUAUGUUAUUUAUUUUAGUUACAUAUAUAUAUUAAUAGUGUUAUCUAUAUGCCUGUUCAAUUUGAUAAACCGUAUCCGUACCAAAGUCGAGAUAUUCAAUAUCAAAGUUACUCGUACAGGCGAAACGUGUUCUACAGAGAUAUUUUAAUUUAUCGCGAUAGAAAUUGUUUAUGUAUUUUGCUGAAACAACUAAUUGUAAACUAUGAUGCAUAAUGAUAUUAGGAAUUAUAUAUUACAAGAUAGGGAUGCGUAGCCGUACCGUUUACGCGUAAUUGUAAUCCGAAGUUCUCCAUCUGACGAUAUUUCGAAGCGUGUCGGUCAAUACAUUCGCAAAGGCAACAUUGUCAGAUGUUCGUUUUUCACAAAGCGUGCUGGUCGUAGACUUAUACAAACAGACUGCGCGUCCCGUGAGAAGAAUUGAAGACUGCAUUAAAAUGAGAGAAAACAAUA